CGUCAGCCGGUCUCAGAAAAUCCGCUGGUCCCCUUACAUAUAGAUAAGUAUCGAGUGCUCGCGUACCUAAUUUCGGAUUUAACACAAUUGUGAGUUCUAUUAAGCCAAAAUGCCGGGCGCCAGGCAUAAAAUCCUGGGUCAUGUCCUCUCAGGAUUUUGUCACAAAAUGAACAGACGUAAGCCUCUGUAUGGAGAUUGCCUAGAUACACCUCUGAACAGAUGCCUCACUACCUUUGAUAUCACCUUAUUAGGGAUUGGACAUAUGGUAGGAGCUGGAAUUUACGUUUUAACAGGAACAGUAGCAAAGAACAUGGCAGGGCCAGCGACUGCGCUCAGUUUCCUUUUGGCUGGUAUAACUUCGACACUAGCUGCUCUAUGUUAUGCGGAAUUCGGAACUAGAAUCCCCAGAGCGGGGAGUGCCUACGCAUAUACGUAUGUUAGUAUUGGAGAAUUUUGGGCCUUUAUUAUUGGAUGGAACAUUGUGCUUGAAUACAUGAUUGGUGCUGCUUCAGUUGCUCGGGCUUCAUCGGGUUACCUUGACGCUCUACUACAUGGAGCUAUUAGUAACGCUACAACAUCAGUGACGGGCGAGCUUCACGAAACUCUUUUAAGCAAAUACCCCGAUAUUUUAGCAUUUCUCAUUUGCAUAAUAGCUUCCCUCAUUCUCGCCGUUGGCGUAAAAACAUCAGCGUAUAUUAAUAACGGUCUGACUAUAUUAAAUCUCAUUGUCAUAUCCCUUGUUAUUUUCUUGGGUUUCUUCUACGCAGACCUUAGCAACUGGUCUGACAUUCACGGUGGUUUUAUGCCAUUUGGUAUAAGUGGAGUUCUAACCGGUGCCGCUACUUGUUUCUAUGCAUUUGUCGGUUUCGAUAGCAUUUCUGCAUCUAGUGAAGAGGCAAAAGAUCCCACUCGAUCCAUUCCGACAGCUACUAUUUUAUCUAUGGCUGUAGUUGGUAUCGGGUAUAUUCUUGUUGCCCUUGCUCUUACACUCAUGGUACCCUAUACACAAAUUGACGUUGAUGCCGCGUUGCCAAAAGCUUUUGAAGCCGUCCAUGCUAAUUGGGCUAAAUACGCAGUGGCUGUUGGCGCCAUUUGCGGAAUGACCACUACGUUAUUAGGAUCUCUAUUUUCCCUACCUCGGUGUCUCUAUGCGAUGUCUGCUGACGGUUUGUUGUUCGGUUUUCUUAGCGAUAUGAGUAACAAAUCUCAAAUACCAGUUUCCAACCUUAUUAUAUCUGGAUUCUCAUCUGCUUUGAUUGCACUUCUGUUUGAUUUAGAGAAACUUGUAGAGUUUAUGUCCAUUGGUACUUUAUUAGCGUAUACUAUAGUAAGUGCUGCUGUUAUAAUCCUUCGAUAUAGACCAGCGCCUCCAACUGAAGACAAAGACUUCGGUAUUCCUCAGCUAGAAUCUCCGGGAGAUCGCGAAGACAGUUCGGCAACGGGAACGCCUGGAACAGAUGCUGGAUCUUCUUCAUCAGAGAUGUUCGAAGCACUAACAGUUGGCCGUCUCCGACCUCAAUACGCCUGGCUGGAACCACUAGUAGGGGGCAGAGCUCCUGGCACUGCAGUUACCAGCUGUGUCUACGUGUUCACUGUUGCUACAGCCAUACUUAGCGCACAUAAUCGUCUAGCUGAACAUAAAUUAGUGAUGUGGAUGAUUAUACCCGAUGUCGUGCUCAGCUUAAUUAUAAUUGGAUGCCUCUUCAUUAUUUGGGCUCACCAACAAAGUCCAAUUCGUCUACCCUUCCGGGUGCCAUAUGUCCCGCUUCUACCAGCCGCCAGUGUCAUGCUCAACGUUGAACUUAUGAUAAACCUUAAUAUUCUCACUUGGGCGAGAUUUGCUAUCUGGAUGACAAUUGGUCUCCUACUAUACUUCCUCUACGGAAUCCAUCACAGCAAACUAGGCGAGGGUGUGACCGGUCUUUUAUCUCGCUCAUAUAGCGGAAACAAUACUGGUUGGGGCGCAGUGGACAAAACAAGCACUUUAGCCCGGCGUGUCGGCAGAUUAGGACGAGGCAGCCGCAGCGACGACCGCAAACCAAUCAUUUGUGACGACGAACUCGCAAGACGGGAGCCGUGAUUUUAAAUGGACGUUGAAAUUGGUUGGUAAUUCAAACUGAGACCAGGAUUUCAAUAGUUUAGUAUAAGGGAGUUCAGUAAUUAUACUAAAACACAUUUUACUCUGAAUAAUAUAAUUAAUUUAAAUUAUUUAUUAAAUUAAAAAGACGUCAGCAAUUAUUAUUCAACAUUGAUAUGAGGGCAGUUUGUGGUGUUUUUAUCAAGAUUUAAAUCCAUUUUUCUCUCGUGAGACAGUAAACAGCAGAAAGCGUCAAUUACGUUUAACAUAACAAUGUCAUUUAAAUUAUUUUCAUAAUUAAAAAUGUCACAUUAUAAAAUGAAAUACAAAGAUUAAACAGCCAUAAAAUCUUUUGAAAUAUAAUGUGCAUCUUGUCUGAUUAAAAUGGAUGGCAACACGACUACGUUACUUGGGUUGGCUUUGUGGAACUAACUCUUAA